AUGGCAACAAACAGUCCUGAAGGCAUGCAGCUUCAAAAUAGUCUCGUAACAGGAUAUACAGCUGCGAAACAAUCUCCGUUGGUUUGGUCACUUCCAGUUCAUUGCAAGCUAUUCCUACUUUCACACCUCAAUCCCGAUCUUUGGUAUGAAUUGCACGUGGAAGAAAGUCAUCAGAACGCGGACAUAUUGCAGUUCGGGAUGGCAAUGGGAAGAUCGUUGAAGUCUGUGGCCGACAAGGACUGGGACAAAGGCCAUCCGUCUCAAAAGUGCAUAGACAGCAUCAGCGGAGGUCGCAAUGCAAAUAAAUCUACAGGUCAGCUGAAAACCCUUGUGCUUGUAAAGGCGAUGGAUAUCGCUGCUGGAUUUCUUCGAUUGCCAUGUCGUUCCUAUUAUCCAAGUUUUAAGAAGUCGCUGACGUUUGAUGAGCGUCAACUUGGGUUUUUGAGAAGGCUAGAAGGCUGGACGCACAAAUUAGACGAAAUUGCGACUUCUCUCCAUAUGUACAAUGAAAGAAGAAUGGUCCCCCUUCCUCCUCUACAGCCAGACGCGACAAUGAAUCACGAGAUUCUGCACGCAGAUAUAUGUUUGCUUGCGAAUCAUUGGAAACACGAAUCGGUGAAAAAUUGGCUGAAGGUCCUGUGCGUAUUGGAUGGCGUGGCUUUUCACAUCCGAUUACUAUGUUAUCAUAAUGGAGUGGAGCAGACAACACUUUGGCAACGGUUUAUCAACGAUAAUUUUGACCACCCUGACGUCAAAAUGAUCAUGGGAAAUGAAGAAACAAUAAAACGGUUCAAAAAGAAUUUACUGCAGUGGAAACAAGCCUUCACGAACGCUGUCACAAUAUCCCCCCUUGUGCUCAUCAUGGGCCAAGGAAUGGGCCAAACAUUGAACACCCCUCUUGCCUUACAAGUUGGGGGACGUCUGUCUUCAAUUGGGAAACCAAAGCUGAUCCUUCGUGUUGAAGAAAUCUUGUGGAAGUCCAUCGUUGGUAUAGCUUGGGGCUCGUGGAUGAGCAAAAUUGCAUUGAGUAAAUUUUUGGCCGAAGUGCAGCCGUUGGUUGAAAAGAUGCUGGAUUCCAAGGCUAUGUCAAAGGAUGGAGCAAAGAGGGGAUGGGUAGGAUAUGAAGGGGAGGAUACGUGGUUUGAAGAUUCAAUCACAUUCAUCCAACAGAACGUUGUUCCUGGUCUGGAAGCCAAAAUCGGAGCCGAAACAAGCGAAUGGCUCAUAAGCAGCAGAUCACUCUGGAUUGGAAAGGGCGGUCGCAAGAAGGACCCAGUACAACGAGGCAGAAGCAGUUCUUGUCCUCCCCGAUGGUCAAAGCCUCAGCGAAAGUCUCAAAGCCUCUCCCCUUCACGAUAUUCGGCUCGAAGGCCAGCCUUCAUGCUACAUGCAUGGGGUCACAAACAUUAUCCAAAUUUCGAUGAAAGGCCAGAGUGGCAAUAUCCACCUACGUUGCCCCCUCUCACUGUUCGAGACCUCAAGCAAAUUCCUGUCGGAGCUAUCAUCAUCGGUGCAAUGCCCCCCAUUCGCAAGGAUCCUCUGAAAACAGCAUUUUCUUUAUCCCAUAAACAGAAAAUAAUUCACGAGAGGAAGCUCUCACAAGACCUGGAUGCAGGCUGGCAUCAGUUGAUGUUAAUGGCGCCCUCUCUGAGAAUGGGCCAGGUGCAGGAUGCGGCACCAUCUCUCUCCCGCAGAAAAAGGCAAUGGUCGAGCACUGUUGGCAAGCUUGAUACCAGAGAAAGGUCCAAGAAAGCCAAGCUUGAUCAUGGUCUGUCCCGUUCUUUGCACCCAAUUACUUCUCCGCUCGUUUGGGCUCCUGCCAAAAAGCAAUACAGGACAUUCGACUAUUAUCUGUUGAUCUCUAAUGAAACUGAUGAUCACCUUGCGCUUGCUGGGUGGAACACUUGUGUAAGGACUGAUGCAAGCGGAGGUCCACUCUACCGGUUGAAAGAAACUGGGAAGGCGGCAGAUGAAUCGAUGAUCGUGACCCUGAAACAAUCUUCGGCCUUGAAAAAUCAUCAAGGGACUCUCAAGACCUUCCGCCACUACAACAUUCUCCUGUAUGACACGAAAACUUUGCCACUUACAUGGUCUUUGGCGUCCCUUUCUGAGAUUGGCAACAUUGAUAUUCUUCAAGAAGUCCAAGACCAUCACCGGCGCAGCUCCAACGACACGAUGGAGCAACUUCACGUCUCUGUUUCCUUACGUGAAAUGUAUGAAGAAGGCCUUUUGGAGGAUGGUCGCAUCUUGAACGCUUUGUCUCUACCUUGCAGCACUUCAUACAGCGGUCACCCUUUACAGUCGAUUGUUUUGAGUCACAUACGAGCAUUCGAACAGACGUCUGACCUACCUGAGGACAUCUAUACAGCGGAGUAUCCUGUCUCGGUGACAAAUUGUUUUGGUGUCGGUACCAUCAUUGAGGUUCUUUGCAGGCGGAAGUUGUGGUACGUGUUUAAGCAUGGUGGAUGUAAUAAUAGACAGGACAGCCGUAUCGAUGAGUACAUUAAUGAUUGGGCACCUGGAUUUAUUCCAGAUCCAGAGGAAUGGACUGCAGAGGUUGUCUUGCUUGAACCUGGUUCUGCCUUCUACAUGCAUCCCAACACUCACCAUGCAGUGGUGACCCUGGAGAAUUCCAUCGUAAAAGGUCACCAUUUCUACUCCACGGUCACACUCUCGAAAACUGUCUUGGGCUGGGUUCAUACCUGUAUGCUCGGUUAUACUAUUACAAACAUUUUGCAUGUUGAGCUCCAGGAGGUUCUCCUUCGUAUGAUGUGCUACUUUGGUGCAGUGAUCAGUGAUCAAGGACCUGAAAAUCAUGACACAGAUAUUCCCACCAUGACAAGAGAUGGACCUCUUGACUUCAUUGCGUUAGGAAAUCUCUGUCUAUUUGCACCUGCCUUGUACGCCUGUGUCACUGAGACCGAGGGAGACUCGAAACCUGCAAUUGCCAUGGCAGCCGGCGCAUACAUAUCCACAAUACAGUGUUUGCAGAUGAAAUAUUGUCUGGUUUUUCUCGAUGAUGACAAAGAUGUUGCUGUGCAGUCCCCGGAAUCAAUGAUGCGUGUCAAUGACCGGGUCACCCUGAGUGUUGGGUCCCUGGAUAUCGCUGAUUUUGCUAGGAGCUCUGCUGCUCAUUUCAGGCGAUCUUUGAUUCUUUACGCUGAGACGGCUUUGCAAGCACAGAGGGCUUUAGGACAACAUGAAUCGGUCUUGUUCGAUACUGAGAUGUUUCAGCAAGAUAUUAAGGAUGCCAUGGAAACCUAUUUGCAGAUGGAGCUAUCAUCUGAGUUCCUCAAGGCUUACAAACGCCGGAAGAGGAAGGUUUUGCUCCUUAGGCCAAUAUUUUUGGUUCGGCAAAAGGCUGAAGUCCUACAAUCUGAUGCCCUGGAGGAUUGGUCGGAAACCGUCGACUAUGAUUUGUCUGAUGGUGAAGAAGAGGACCCUAAGGACGAAGAAGACUACCCCCCAACCAAUGUUUCAAACAUAAAUGAUGGGGAUUCAAGUGGCAUGGAUAUGACCGGGGAUGAUGAUGAUUCACAGGACAAGUCAGAAUCGACAUCAGAGAGAGAUUCUAAUGCUGGCUCAGAAUACAGGCCUGGACUCUGA